AUGUCAACGGCCGGCGCUAACCCAUUGGCCGUUGCACCAAUCACACGCCGCCGUAUCGGAGACUCCCUCGAAACCACCACCACAACCACCUCCGAGCGACCCUCUGUCUCCUCAGAUUACUGCAACAUAGUCAACAUCUCCUCGCCGGACUUAGACGACGUCGACGCCGCCGCAACCGUCGGAACGAACGGCGCGUGCUCCUCACCUUCCUCCUCCUCCAGCGGAUCCCAUUACCACCACUACCACCACCACCACCACCCCACGAUUCGGUACCUUCUCCGCGGGAAACUGCUGAAACUGCCGUUUUUAUGCGACGGUGGUGGCGGAGGAUCAUCAUCGGCGGUUGGGUUCUUCGGGAGGAACGUGGGGCGGAGGAUCUUGGGGCUCCUCAUGGUUCUCGUCGUUGCUUCUCUCUUUGUCAGAGUCUCGUUGAUGAGCGGCCACGUGCACCGGAGGGAUUUGAACGAGCUCGUGGUUGUUAGGGCGUUGCAUGAAGAUUGGUCGAUGGCUCAAAGGGCGAUGACGGAGAACGUUGCUUCUGAGAAGCUUCCCAUUCCUGAGAUAUGGCAAAAACCAGAAAGCGGAAACUAUCGCCAGUGUGCUUCACGUCCCAAGAACCAUUCAAGGCUACGUAGGAAAACCAAUGGUUAUCUUCUAGUACACGCAAACGGCGGAUUAAACCAGAUGAGAACCGGAAUAUGUGACAUGGUCGCAGCAGCAAAGAUCAUGAACGCGACCCUCGUCCUCCCUCUCCUCGACCACGAGUCUUUCUGGACCGACCCCAGCACAUUCAAAGACAUUUUCGACUGGAGACACUUCAUGAACGUACUAAAAGACGACGUCGACAUCACCGAGUACUUACCUCCACGCUACGCAGCCAUGAGACCUCUCCUCAAGGCUCCCGUCUCCUGGUCCAAAGCCAGCUACUACAGAACCGAGAUGCUACCUUUGCUGAAAAAACACAAAGUGAUAAAGUUCACACACACCGACUCACGCCUCGCCAACAACGGCCUCCCACCAUCGAUCCAACGCCUUCGAUGCCGCGCUAACUACCAGGCACUUGCUUACUCCAAGGAGAUCGAAGAGCUUGGAGAAGUACUAGUUAACCGGUUAAGAAACAACAGCCAACCCUUCAUCGCUCUCCAUUUAAGAUACGAGAAAGACAUGCUCGCCUUCACGGGAUGCAGCCACAACCUCACAAGCCAAGAAGCCGAGGAGCUGAGGAUCAUGAGGUACAAUGUCAAGCACUGGAAGGAGAAAGAGAUCGACAGCAGAGAGAGGCGUAUCCAAGGAGGCUGUCCCAUGUCUCCACGAGAAGCGGCUGUAUUCUUAAAAGCCAUGGGGUAUCCAUCUUCCACGACGGUUUACAUAGUCGCUGGAGAGAUCUACGGAGGGAACAGCAUGGACGCGUUCAGAGAAGAGUACCCUAAUGUCUUCUCUCAUUCGACGUUGGCGACUGAAGAGGAGCUGGAGCCGUUUAAGGCGUACCAGAACCGUUUGGCUGCGUUGGAUUAUAUUGUUGCGUUGGAGAGCGAUGUGUUUGUGUAUACGUAUGAUGGGAACAUGGCUAAGGCUGUGCAAGGGCAUAGGAGGUUCGAAGGGUUUAAGAAGACUAUUAAUCCAGACAGGUUGAAUUUUGUGAAACUGAUAGAUCAUUUAGACGAAGGUGUGAUGUCAUGGGAUGAGUUUUCUUCGGAGGUGAAGAGGUUACAUGAAGGGAGGAUUGGAGCUCCUUAUGGUAGACUUCCCGGUGAGUUCCCAAGGCUAGAGGAGAACUUUUACGCAAACCCACAACCGGAUUGUAUCUGUAACAAGUCUCAGAGUCAGAGUGAGCAAGUGUGGAAAUCAAGUUUAAGAACAGGCUCAGGUAGAUGGAAGGAGAGUGUUUGAUGAAGAUAUAGAAGAAGUAAGAAACACGUUGAACAGAGACAACAACAACAACAACAACACAUUGAUGCAAAAACUUUUGUAGCCUUCUUUUUGUACAAUAUAGGAAAAAAAAAGAAAGAAGAUGACUUUCUUGGAAGAUGGACACAAAGCUGUAGAAUGGAAUAUUCCACUAUAUACAUGAUCAUCAAAGAUAUAUAUAGCAUUCUUUUUUCUUUUUGGUUGUGUGUGUCUUCAGAGCAGAUGAUUAGAGAUCCCAGAGUUAAAAACCAAACCAACAGCGAGAGAGAGAGAGAGAGAUGUGACUGAAG